UCACCCACCGCCCCCAGGAUGUCACCCACCCUCGGGGCGUGCCCGCCCCCGCUCUGACGUCCCCGCUGUCCCCCGCAGGUGCCACCAUCGUGUCCCCAGCAUGGCGGAGGCUCACCAGGCCGUGGCUUUCCAGUUCACCGUCACCCCCGAGGGCUUGGACUUCCAGCUGAGCCGCGAGGCCGUGCGCCAGCUCUACCUGGCCGCCGUCCACUCGUGGAAAAAGCGCUUGGUCCGCGCCAAGAACAGCUUUCUGAGCGGGGUGUACCCCGCGUCACCCUCCAGCUGGAUGGUGGUGGUGCUGGCCACCGCCGGCUCCUGCUACUGCCACGUGGACCCGUCCCUGGGGCUGAUCGGCCGCAUCCAGAGCUGGCUGCCCCACGG